GCUUUACACGUCUGCAUUAUGUGCCACCUACCAGCUAAAACACGAUUCACAUAUAUCCAAAGUACUCGAUAAAGAUGAAUGGAAAUAAUAUUUCAUGAGCAGAAAAAAAAAAAAAAGGUAGGCGUAGCUGUGCACAUCACCUCCGCCCACUUACUGAAAGCUGGUCAUGCGGCCUCCACUGUUUUGAUUCACUGCUCGGAUAGACAGGGCAAACAUGGCGGAGGACUGGAAGUCCGAAUGACUCGUCCAAGCAGUUCUGUCUUUCCGUCAGAACUCCUUUGUAAAUAGUAGGACAGGAGUUAGUGGGAAAGCUGGCAGCUUUGUGCGGUAUUCGAUUCCGCCCGGAAGAGAUGGAGGUUACGGCGGAGGAACAGGCGGAGGAACGCAGAAGGGAGCAUUGGAAAUUGCUAUCCAGCCUGAAGACAACAGUGGAGGGCCUUGUGUCCACCAACAACCCCAACGUCUGGUCACGCUACGGAGGCUUGCAGCGACUGCACAAAGACAUGAACAACAUCCUCAGCCAUGGACUGAAGAAUGAGCAGGUUUAUUACAAGCAGAGAGACUAUUGGCCAUUUGUAUGGUGUGUUCGCUACAUCAGUCCCCACCUUGCCUCACAUGUUGAACAGUUCAGUCAUCUGGUGCCGGUACUGAGCAGUGGGGUACAGAGUGCUGGUGAAAGCUACAAGGCUGAACGUUGGCUGCUUCAUAGCUUACAGGUUCACAUGCUCUCAGCUCAGCUCAGACCUCUGCUCAGGCAUCUGGGACAUACUCGAAAAUAUUACAACGAUGAUGCUUUCCUGCUGAGUGAGCCUCAUGUGAUCGCAAUGUUUCAGUGUCUGGAAGCAGUGGAGCAGAAUAACCCCAAACUGCUGGCCCAAGUAGACACUGUUGGGCUAUCCCCUCUUAGGGGCUCACCAUGUCUGGGCCUUCUGAAGACCCAGAGCCUGUGUGUGCUGCCAGGGGCCAGUGGGACCUGGAGAAACACUGAUGCAGCUCCUAGAGGAGAACCUCUAAACCACAGACUCACCUUCUCCAACUGCUCUCUGGGAGAAACAGUCACCAGCAACCACAAAUCUGCAAAAAUUAUAGGAGCAGCACCUCAAAGCAGUGAUACAAACACUACCUCUCCAGCCAGCAGCCUGGGCACUCCCUGGGUAUUUGUGUCCAGGUCUGGGGAGGUCGAGCGAGGCGUGACACCCCCUCCUGUUCCUCCAUCGAUUCCUUGCAUCUCCCUAACAGAGUCCCCCUCAUCCUCCUCCUUUCAGCCUGAGGCUGGAGACUCAUGCGAUGGUGACUCUGAUGAUGGUCCAGAGUAUCUGGCAAUCGGUAACCUGGGGCAACGUAGUCACCGUGACUCUCGAAGCUCCACUCACAGCAGUGACCAGGGCGAGAGCAAGGAACAGUACCUGCAGCGGACCUCCCUGGUCCCCACCCCACCAAGGCGCUCAUCAUUUUCAGAAGGCCAGAGGGGGCCAGGCAGGGGGUCUCGAGGACAUACUCGCUCGUUUUCAGACACAGGCAUUAAUCAAAAACUCAGGAAUGGAGGGGGCCACAGAAAAAUCACCAUAAUAAUAGAAGAUCCUGUAGCAGAGUCAGCGGGAGAAGACUGCUGCAUGAAAGACUACAGUCCUUUCACACCUCAACACAACAGUGAUUCCAGCACCCAGAGCUCUCUUUACAUGGAGUCUCAUGGAUCCCAGUACAGUGUGCCAGAUGGGAUGUUUAGGAAGCCUUCAAAGGGGCAGAGCCUCAUCAGCUACUUGUCAGAGCAGGACUUUGGCAGUUGUGCUGACCUUGAAAAGGAGAACGCUCAUUUCAGCAUCUCAGAGUCCCUAAUAGCUGCUAUUGAGCUGAUGAAGUACAACCUGCGGCGUCAGGAGGAGGAAGGUGAAGAGGAGGGAGACAGUGACUCUGAGAUUCAGCAGCUCAAGCAAAAAAUUCGUCUGCGGAGGCAACAGAUUCGGCGCAGCCGCUUCCCACCCUGUGCAAACUCCCAACACAAUUUUCAUUCCACUGACAGUGGGGGCUCCCGGAGGAGCUCUCAGGACUCUGACCAGGGCCUUUCCAACUCCGGCUCAGCUGAGGAGAUAGAGGAGUGUGAACUACAAGAUGGCUGUGAGGGUCAUUCCCUGCUGGCGGUGUCUCAAAGCGGCCUCUCCCUGUCACUCGCCUCCCUCUUCUCAGAUGCUGACAUAAAGCGCAGUGUAAGCUCCAGUGGCAGAUCUUUUCUCAGCUCAGAGUCAAUCUCACCCACCUACCUCCACUCUAACUCAGCUGAGUCAGUAGCGAUGGGUUUGCUCAGGCAGUUUGAGGGCAUGCAGCUUCCUGCAGCCUCUGAGCUCGACUGGCUGGUCCCAGAACACGAUGCUCCACAGAAGCUUCUGCCCAUUCCUGACUCUUUGCCGAUCUCACCCGAUGACGGGGAACACGCCGACAUCUACAAGUUGAGGAUCCGAGUCCGAGGCAACCUCGAGUGGGCACCGCCUCGACCGCAGAUUAUCUUCAACAUUCACCCUGCCCCCAAGAGAAAGAUAAUUGUAGCUAAGCAGAAUUAUCGCUGCGCUGGCUGUGGUACCCGCAUUGACCCAGAUUAUAUCAAGCGACUGCGCUACUGUGAAUACCUCGGCCGUUACUUCUGUCAGUGCUGCCAUGAAAAUGCUCAGGCUGUUGUUCCCGGCCGCGUGUUGAGGAAGUGGGAUUUCAGCAAGUAUUAUGUCAGCAACUUUGCCCGGGACCUGCUGAGCAAGAUCGCUGGAGAUCCGCUGUUUAACCCCAGCGACAUCAACAGCAGUCUUUACAAGAAGAUCAAAGCUCUGGAGUCUGUCAGGGUUUUGAGGGUGCAGCUGUUCCACAUGAAAAAUCUCUUCAAGACCUGUCGCUUUGCUAAAGAGGUGUUGGACCAGUUCGACAGCCUGCCAGGUCACCUGACAGAAGACCUUCACCUCUUCUCUCUCAGUGACCUCACUGCUGUGCGCAACGGAGAACUGGCUCCCCGAAUGAAAGCGCUGCUUAAGCUUGGUACCAUGCAUGUGGCUGGCUGUGUGCUGUGCCAGGCAAAGGGCUUUGUGUGUGAGUUCUGUGGCAACGAUAAAGACAUCAUCUUUCCCUUCCAGCUGAGCAAGUGCCAGCGCUGUGAAGAGUGCCACGCGUGUUACCAUCGCAACUGCUGUCGAACAGGUAAAGACUGCCCUCGAUGUCGGCGGCUGGCAGAGCGCAGAGAGAGGAUGGCACGUAAAAACAUGGAGGAACAAGAGGAUGAGGGAGGCGGGACUUAGCGUCGGUAACAAAGGAAAGAAGAGCACAAUGCGACCAUGAUUGUAGUCACUGGCUAUUUCAGUUUCUGUUCCAGUCUUCUCAGACCUUCAUGAUGAUACCUACUUAAAAAAAACAAACAAAAAAAAAACAACAUUUUUUUAAUCAGAUUGCAAGGUGUGAAAGUUUUAACUACAUAACUCAUCAAGAGGAGCAUGGCUUCUGUUGAUUUCUGAGAAUAAUAUUUUCUCUAAGCCCCUUUCAGACAUGCACUUUAACUUUGCGACUGUGUCCUGCUUGAGGAAUAUUGUGUGAUCACUGCAUAAAAAUCUGAUUAUGUUUAUUUCCAUGAUGCGGAAAUAAUUUUACUGGAUUUAUUUGUUAAAAUAUAUCUUUAAAAAGUAUGUAAUAUUGGCUCACAUGCAUAUUCUUGCUACUUAAUUUGAUCUAAUUUUUCUGGAAUAAGAAAACAUUACUAAGUGUGACUUCCUGUCAUUACCACUGAAAGAAAUGGCUGCUAAAAGCAAUCCCUUUCUUUUCUAAAAAAAAUUAUCUUUCAAACUGAACCGUUAGUUUUGCAUAUUCUCACCUGUUUUUCCUUCCAAAUUUCUUCAGCUGAGCUGAAUCAUUUCUUUACAAAUAGAGCGGCUGUGUUUGGUCAAAGCUGCUGCCUUAUACCGUUAUUCAGUGCUAUCCAUUUUGCAGCUUCAUGUGCAACAAGAACCAAAGACUGUCUUAACUCAUCAGCACUUGUGUAUCGUGGUGUUUGUAGUAAAAUCUAAACUAUCCAUAAUCCAAAACAAGUAUUUGGUCUGACGGUUCCCGAGUCUGAUGCUUCUCCUUCCCUACAACCGCUGGAAAAUGCUUGGUGGAUUUUUAUUAACUUGACUAAAGUUUGUUUUUGUGAUCUAAAAUAACAGAUUGAGACUAGAAAAUUAAAAAUUUAGACCUUUUAUGAUGUGAUUGAUACUGUAUUAAAAUCAUCCUGUUAGCUCAGUUUUUUAAAUCUGAAUAUUCUAAAAAUAUUUAACUUGAUGUUUCUUUUCUUUAGUCCUUAUGUUCCUCUUUAAGCUCUUUUAGCCACGUUGUGUGUGCCUCUGGGACCAAUGAUCUUAGAUUGACAGGAGUUUCACAGGAAAGCUGAAUUUGCAGGACUGGACUUGUCUUAGUCAAUGGUGCAAAUAUUUUAAAUGAAACUGCAAACGCUUCUUUUUUGUGCUACCCUGUGUGAGUGUGGUUACUAAUCUACACUGUGUGGUGAUGAGUGUGUGUGUGCGCGAGCUCAUGUCUACCUGCUGUGCUUGCAGCCAUGCACAAAUGGUUUGCACUAGUCUAAUCAGCACUUGGCUGUUUGUCCGGUGAGUUGCACUGAUCCUGUGGGUUUUUGUUGGGGGGGGGGGGUGGAGUUUGGAUGUCACGCUAGGGAGUUUUCAGAUGUUCGUUUUAUGAACAUUAACUGUCACUAUUUCUGUGAUGAAGUUCUUGUCAUCUGGGUUUCAGUCCAAGAUUAUAUUUGAAUUAGUUUUUUUUUUCUCUAAAAUUUUUAAUUAGAUUCAGCUGCUGUUGUAAAGUGGUUUCCAGCAUUUUUGAUUGUUAUUGCUUCAAUUUAUUGCACAAUAUUUUUAAUGUUGUCAUCAUUCUGUGACUUUGUGUAACACACAUGGAGUUUAGGUGACUCAGUUCUACAAAAAGUAAAGGGGGG